AUGCCGCUGGGCAAGGAGGCGCAGGUGGUGGACUUGCUGUCGCAGCUGAACCCGCCCGCCCAGGGGCAACGCCAGUCGGCUAAAGGGCAGCAGCAGGCGGCAUACGUGUAUUUCGAGGCGCCCCGCAAGCAGGCGAGCCCGCUCCAAGCAUUGCUGAUGCCGGCGGCCAAGCGACCACGUGAGUAG